AUGAACUCUUUCUUUCUCCUGAGCAUGCUCAGUGUGGUUGUUUUGUAUCCGUGGGAGGAUUCAGAUUGUGAGGCACUUCCCUUUAAUCCCAUUCUUGUUGGCCAGACAUCGGGAGAAGAUGGAGACUAUAAAGGACAGGGAGAAGGCUAUGAGGAUAAGGAAAAGGGCCGUGGAGGACAGGAGGGAGAUGGAGGAGGCCAUGCAGGAGGAGGCCUUACCUCCCAUCAAAGGAGGAAGAGGAGCUGGGUGUGGAACCAGUUCUUCAUCCUGGAGGAGUACACUGGAGAUGAGCCAUUGUAUGUUGGAAAGCUCCAUUCUGACGUGGAUACAGGUGAUGGGAGGGUGAGGUAUGUCCUGACAGGUGACGGUGCGAUGUCCACCUUCACCAUCGAUGAGAACACUGGAGACAUUCACGCGACCAAGAGGCUGGAUCGAGAAGAACAGGCAUACUUUACACUAAGAGCUCAGGCCCGGGACAGACAGACAAACCGUCUGGUGGAACCUGAAUCUCAGUUUGUCAUUAAAGUCCAGGACAUCAACGACAAUGAGCCCAAGUUCCUGGAUGGACCAUACACAGCCAGAGUACCAGAGAGAUGUCCUGUAGGUACGUCUGUGGUGACAGUAGUAGCAACAGAUGAUGAUGACCCGACAUACGGGAACUCUGCUAGAGUCAUUUACAGCCUCCUGCAGGGGGAGCCAUUCUUCACUGUGGAGCCAAAGACAGGUGUGGUGCGGACAGCCCAACCCGACAUGGACCGGGAGCAACGGGACAGUUUCCUGCUCGUGGUCCAGGCUCAGGACAUGAUCGGUCAGAUGGGUGGGCUGACGGGUACGACCUCCGUCACUGUGAUUCUGACUGACAUCAACGACAACCCGCCUCGCUUCCCCCGCAGGAGCUACCAGUUCAGUGUGUCUGAGUCCGUGGAGGUGAACUCUGUGGUGGCCAGGAUCAAAGCCUUGGACGUGGAUCUUGGUGUGAAUGCUGAUGUGGAUUACAGAGUCCUGGAUGGUGACGGACUGGGAACAUUCCGGAUCUCCACCGACCCAAAAACCCAGGAAGGACUUAUCACAGUGCACAAGGCUCUGGAUUUCGAGACCAAGUCAAGCUACACCUUGCGAGUUGAAGCGUCCAAUCACUACGUGGAUGCUCACUUCCUGUCCAUUGGUCCUUUCAGCGAUGUGACCGUGGUCCGUCUGCUGGUGGAGAGCGUGGAUGAGCCUCCAGUCUUCUCCUUGCCCAUCAGCCUGUUGGUGAUCUCUGAAGCAGCUCCAGUGGGGACUGAAGUGGGGUCGGUGUCAGCUCGAGACCCUGACAACAUCAACAGUCCAGUAAGAUACUCCAUAGACAGGAGGUCUGACCAGGAGCCAUACUUCAACAUCGAUAGCAUUUCUGGAGUUAUAAGCACAGCCCGGCCCUUGGACCGCGAGACCAUCGCUGUACACAACAUUAGCGUGACGGCCACAGAGAUCUUGGAUCUGUCUCAGAUGGGCAAAUCUGUGGUUCUUGUCUCUGUGUUGGACGUCAACGACAACGCUCCAAGAUUAAUCACCAACCACGAAACAUUUGUUUGUGAGAAUGCAGAACCUGGACAGGUGAUAGAGACCCUUAGUGCUGUGGAUCCUGACGACCCUGAGAAUGGACAUCACUUCCUCUUCUCACUGAAUGCAAAGGUUGCUGGGAAUCUGAGUUUCUCACUCAGAGACAACAAAGAUAACACGGCGUCUCUUCUGACUCAGCGUGCUGGUUUCCUGCGGCAGGAGCAUCCAGUCCACUUCCUGUCCGUGGUCGUCUCAGACGGCGGAAGUUCGUCUCUCAGCAGCACCGGCACGCUGUCCAUCACUGUGUGUCAUUGCGACGCCCACGGAAACUAUCGUUACUGCGGCAACAAGGCAUCGCCACGGCUGGUUGGCUUCAGUAUGGUAACAACGGGAACAGUCCUCACCUGCAUCCUGGUCAUGCUGUGUGUCGUCGUGGUAACCGCCGCCCUCAGGCAACAGGGCCGGGGCCCUCGGAUUUCAGAUGGUGAGCGAGAGGUUCGUGAGAACAUCGUUCGUUACGACGAUGAGGGGGGUGGGGAGGAGGACACGGAAGCCUUCGACAUGGUCACCCUCAGAACCCUGAACAAUUCAGGCCACGCCCACCAUGACCACGACAGGACACCACCCACACUCAUCACACCUGAGAUCCAACCCCACACCAACCUGUUCCAUUUGUUAAUGUGGGACAGACUACAGCAGGCCAACCUGGACAAAGCAGCGCCCCCCUAUGACUCUCUGCAGACCUACGCCUUUGAGGGCAGCGGCUCAGCCGCCCACUCCCUCAGCUCCUUAGGCUCGUUAAGCUCGUUAGGCUCGUCUGAGCACAGCUAUGACUUCCUGAGAGUUUGGGGGCCACGGUUUAAGAAGCUGGCAGACCUGUAUGUCCACCACCAGGGGGCGUCCUAG